CUUCCGCUGCGAGGCGGAAGUGGUGAAAGUCACUUUGAGGGGAGUCGGCGGCGUUACCGCCAUGGCAGAGGACAUCAAGGCCAAGCUGGAGCGUUACAAGACGGCGCCCUUCGACAGCCGCUUCCCCAACCAGAACCAGACCAAGAACUGUUGGCAGAACUACCUGGAUUUCCACCGCUGCGAGAAGGCGAUGGCGGCCAAGGGGGCGGACGCCAGUCCCUGCCAGUGGUAUUACCGCGUCUACAAGUCCAUCUGUCCCACCGCCUGGGUGACAACGUGGGACGAGUACCGCGAGGAGGGGACCUUCCCUGGCAAGAUCUGAGCCUCACCCGACCCCGCCCUGCCCCGCCCCGGGGAGGGGACAUCCGUGUCACCGCGGGGGGGGGGUGGGAGGUGACACGGGGGCUGUCACCCAGGGAGGGGACACCGUGAGGGGACACCGCUGUCACCUGGGUGGUGGCACAGCCAAUAAAGGGUUGAACUGG